UUUAUUGAUGACUCAUUGGCUCGUCGUGAUGAGAUCCUGCCUGGAACUUCCCCGCUUGCCGAUGGACGAUGGAUGACCCCGACGCCAUGCUAACCAUAUCAUCUCUUUCCCUACAGAGACCUGCUCAACAAGCCCAAGAACGAGCUCACGUACGUUGUCCCCCCAUCUCCUGAUUCUGUCACAUGAUAGUGCCAAUGUUUGAGCUGCCUAACCCUGGUCUACGGGGUAUACCGGUAGUUGUUUCUUUGUCAUGAAUCGAGCUUAUUUAUUUGGAUGCUAUAGGGAAUAUGAGGUCGCCUUGGUCGAGGAACACGAGCUGACCGCUGGUCCCCUUUCUCUCCUUCAAACCGCUACGCGCACGCAUACCCAGGUCCUGAUCUCGUGUCGGAACAACCGCAAGCUUCUUGCACGGGUCAAGGCCUUUGAUCGCCACUGCAACAUGGUUCUCGAGAACGUCAAGGAGAUGUGGACUGAGAAGCCCAAGGGAGGCAAGGGUCGCGGUGUGAACAAGGACCGCUUUAUCAGCAAGAUGUGAGUUUGAUCCCAGAAGCAACUUGGCCAAUUUUAACGUCCUCCCUUGCUCACUAUCCCCUCCAGGUUCCUUCGAGGCGACUCGGUCAUCUUGGUUCUCCUCAGUUGAAUGGAUCACGUGCUAACCCAGCUAUCUCCG